UGUACACUUGUAUACAUAUACAUCAAUGUGGCCAUACAACGUGACUUUUUGGGUAAAAAACAUAUGACUUGCUAGAAAUCGCAUUAUUUUUAAUUCGGGUACAGUUUUCUUCGGCACAUUUUCUUGUAGCCCCGGCUAUGAAAAGAAAACUGUACAAAAAUGUUCUCAAAAACUAUUAAGGGGUUUUCAGAAUUUUGAUUUACCAUGGAAAGCUGAUAUAAUGACGGAUACUCUGCGCCUUAUUUGAUCAAAAUCGGUUGAGUAAUAAAUAAGUUAUGAAUAAAAAACAUACCUGAAUCGGGUGAAAAAUCGGCGUGCUCUGUACCCGAAAAGUCACGUUGUAUGGCCACAUUGUACAUGCACAGUGCGUUAACUGGAGUGCAGGUAUUAGUUACCCGCACUCCCAGAGCAUGCCUAUUGAUUGGCUCAUUUUUUGAUGGGGUUUACUUAUUUUGACAACAGGGAAAGGGAUAUGAUAGAAAUAUCAUAUCCAGAUGCUCGCAAUCAUUUGUUACUUUUUUUCUGGGCUUUCAUAUUGUCAAAUCAGGGAACGUGUUUUUAUUUUUGUCUAUGAUACAAAGGACGAACAUCAAAACACUCGGCAAUUGGGUUCAUACUCGGGGGCUACUCCACCUUCCCCCUCGUACACAUCAGAUGGUAUCGUUAAGCCAUACUUUUAAAUCAUAUUUUAGUAUCAUUUUUACUAUUGUGUCCGAUAAUUAUCGACAAAAGGUCAUUGAAUAUGCACAUGUCUCGGGUCAAUAUUGUCAAACAAUAUAAAUGUUAAAAAAUGUAAAGAAUAAUGCAUGAUGAUUUUUAUCCUUUUUAUUACACGAAAUGACAAGAAAUGCGAUUGAUGAAAAUGGUGAAGUUAUCCUUCAGGAAAUGAUCUUAUCUGAUGCUAAAACCUAUCCAAAUAAAACGUUUGUUCUAGACAUAUUACGCUUUAAUCUUGGGGCGAAUUCUUCAGGCAAACUGUUUGUUCCCGGAAAUGUGAUGUACACUAGUAAGAAGGUGUGCACAAUAACUAAAGGUGUGCCAGGUGACAACAUUGACAACGAUUGUGAUGGUCUUGUGGACGAGGAACAGUGUACGGUCGAUAUUAUACCUGGCGAAAUAGGUAAAUAUGGUCGCCUUUUGUAA